GGGCACCGGUGAUUGCCGCUUCUCUUUGAUUCUCCGCAUCAUCCCAGCCCUUGUCUACCGGCUGCUGCUCCUGCGGCCAUGGAGACCGUGCAGUUGCGCCACCCGCGCCGGCAGCUAAGAAAAUUAGAUGAAGAUAGUUUGACAAAACAGCCUGAAGAAGUGUUUGAUGUGUUGGAAAAACUUGGAGAAGGAUCCUAUGGCAGCGUAUUCAAAGCUAUCCAUAAAGAAACAGGCCAAGUUGUUGCAAUUAAGCAAGUUCCUGUUGAGUCUGAUUUGCAGGAGAUUAUUAAGGAGAUAUCAAUAAUGCAACAAUGUGAUAGUCCUCAUGUAGUCAAAUAUUAUGGCAGCUAUUUUAAGAACACGGACCUCUGGAUAGUAAUGGAAUAUUGCGGUGCCGGAUCUGUGUCUGAUAUAAUUCGACUACGAAAUAAAACGUUGAUGGAAGAUGAAAUUUCUACAAUAAUACAAUCAACACUGAAAGGACUGGAAUACCUACAUUUCAUGAGGAAAAUACACCGUGACAUCAAAGCUGGCAACAUAUUACUUAAUACAGAAGGACAUGCUAAACUUGCAGAUUUUGGGGUAGCUGGCCAGCUUACUGACACUAUGGCAAAAAGAAAUACUGUGAUAGGAACUCCAUUCUGGAUGGCACCUGAAGUGAUCCAAGAAAUUGGAUACAAUUGUCUGGCAGAUAUCUGGUCUCUGGGUAUCACCGCCAUUGAAAUGGCUGAAGGAAAACCUCCAUAUGCUGAUAUUCAUCCAAUGAGGGCAAUUUUCAUGAUUCCAACAAAUCCACCACCAACAUUUCGAAAGCCAGAACUAUGGUCAGAUGAAUUUACAGAUUUUGUAAAACAGUGUCUUGUGAAGUGCCCAGAACAAAGGGCCACUGCAACACAGUUGCUUCAGCACCCUUUUGUAAAAAAUGCCAAAGGAGUUUUCAUCUUACGAGAUAUGAUAAACGAGGCAAUGGAUAUUAAACUAAAAAUUCAGCAAGCUCAACAGCGUGACUUAUUUCAUGACGAUGAAGAAAAUUCAGAAGAAGAUGAAAUUGAUUCUAGGACCAUGGUUCGAGCAAGGGGACAAGAGACGGGUACAAUCAGAGCUGCUUGUGGAAUGAGUGAAGGUGUCAAUACCAUGAUAGAAUACAAUGACACUUUAGCAACACAAUUGGGAACAAUGGUCAUAAAUGCAGAAGAUGAGGAAGAUGAGGGAACCAUGAAAAGGAGAGAUGAAACCAUGCAGGCUGUCAGACCAUCUUUCCUUGACUAUUUUGAACAAAAGGAAAAAGAGAAUUGGCAAAACAACUAUGGAAGGCAAGUGUCUGAAAGAUGUUCCUCAGAUUGGAGAGUUCCUCUGGAUGGUGAUUAUGAAUUUUUGAGGAACUGGACAGUUGAAGAACUUCAAAGACGACUUGGGUCACUCGAUCCCAUGAUGGAGCAGGAGAUAGAAGAGGUUCGCCAAAGGUAUCAGUCAAAGCGGCAACCAAUUCUAGAGGCCAUUGAAGCAAAGAAAAGACGCCAGCAGAACUUCUGAGGAAAACUUGGCAAUAGAAUAGAUGUCCAUCAUUCCUUACAAUAAACUGUUCUUCUAUGACUACUGUGUAGGUGGAUUUCUAUUUCUAUUUGCUAUAGCACCUUUUCUAACUCAGGUAUGCCAUUGAAUGGAGUCCUCAUGAAGAGAUCAUGCUUUGUAUGAAUGGUAGAUAGAUUCUAGAUACAUUGCGUGUUGCUUUUGAGAAAUCUUGACUUAGCUGGGAGCUAAACUUUGUAUUAUAAAUCCAUACAAAAGUGGGAAAUGGAUUUGAUUAAGGUUGGUACUCAGAUUUUACAGUUUUUACAGUUCAGUUCCAAACAAUAU